AUGGGCAGAGGCUGUUAUAACCUUGUGGCCGCGAUGCUGAUCAUCGUGAAUCUUGAGGAAACGAGGUGUUCACCAGACCGGUGUGGUGGCUGUGUGGCUGGUACUUUCUGUGGGAAAGGCAUCAACCAGCCUUGCUCCUUCUGCCCUCCAAACAGUUUCUCCAACAGCAGUGGGCAGAAGGCGUGUGACCUGUGCAGACGGUGUGAAGGUGUCUUUAAGACCAAGAAGCCAUGUUCUCGCACCAGCAACACUGAGUGUGAGUGCAUUUCGGGCUACCACUGCGUGGGCGCAGGCUGCAACCAGUGCCAACAGGACUGUGAAGAAGGCCAAGAACUAACCCCGGAGGGCUGUAAAGACUGUGCUUUUGGGACAUUUUAUGACCAGAAAUAUGGUGCCUGUCAACCCUGGACAAACUGCUCCUUGGCUGGGAAACACCUGUUGGUUGCUGGAACGAAGGAAAAGGAUGCGGUGUGUGGCCCCAACUUGGUGGACUUCUCUCCAGGAACACUGUCGCCCACCAUAGUGAUCGCUUCUGUGAGAGCCUCAGGCCAACCCACCCAGGUCCUGGGGGUCCUCCUCAUGCUGACGUCCACCACCAUGGUCAUCCUGGUGCUCAUCCUCGUGAUCCGCCUUUCAGUGCUGAAACGUGGUCGGAAGAAGCUGUUGUUCCUCCUCAAGCAGCCCUUCCUGAGUCCCGUGCACACUUCCCAAGAGGAAGACACUUGUAGCUGCCGCUUUCCUGAAGAGGAGGAAGGAGAAUGCACGCGCUGUGAGGUUGCCUAGUAGUGACCUUCCGGCACAUUCUGUGAAGUG